ACUUGAGCUGGGCCGGGGGGCUGAAGUGAGCCAGAGGCCAUGCGGACUGUGCGGGGUUCCAAAGCCCGUAGCCCGGCCGUCCUCCCGCCAGCGGCGGCGACUCGGCGGCCGCAAGAGUAACUUGCCUUUGUUCCGAGCGCCCGUCCCUCCCGUCGUCCCAGCCCCUCACGCCGCGCGCUCCGGCCGGCCCGCACUAGGUCUCCGAACCCCCAUUCGGCUCGUGCCGCGCGGAUGCGGCUGCGGGCCUGGGAUUGGGCUUUGAGCGGGAGGAGGAGGAGCGGCGGCGCCUUGGCGGCAUGCGAUGGGGAACUGCUGCUGGACGCAGUGCUUUGGGAUCCUCCGCAAGGAAGCGGGGCGGCUGCAACGUGUAGGAGGCGGCGGAGGAUCCAAGUAUUUUAGAAAGUGCUCAAGAGGUGAGCACCUAACUAUAGAGUUUGAGAAUCUAGUAGAAAGUGAUGAAGGGGAAAGCCCAGGAAGCAGUCAUAGGCCCCUUACUGAGGAAGAAAUUGUUGACCUAAGAGAAAGGCAUUAUGAUUCUAUUGCUGAAAAACAAAAAGAUCUUGAUAAGAAAAUUCAAAAAGAGUUAGCCUUACAAGAAGAGAAGUUAAGACUAGAAGAAGAAGCUUUAUACGCUGCACAGCGUGAAGCAGCCAGGGCAGCAAAGCAGCGAAAGCUCUUGGAGCAAGAAAGGCAGAGAGUUUUGCAGCGGUACCAUCCUUCAAAUAGUGGAGAAUAUCAAAGUUCAGGACCAGAAGACGACUUUGAAUCUUGUUUGAGAAAUAUAAAGUCACAAUAUGAAGUUUUCCGAAGUAGUAGACUCUCAUCAGAUGCUACAGUUUUGACACCAAAUACAGAAAGCAGUUGUGAUUUAAUGACCAAAACUAAAUCAACUAGUGGAAAUGAUGACAGCACAUCCUUAGAUCUAGAAUGGGAAGAUGAAGAAGGAAUGAAUCGAAUGCUUCCAAUGAGAGAACGUUCCAAAACAGAGGAAGACAUUCUCCGGGCAGCACUUAAAUCUAGCAGCAGGAAGACUGGAAGCAAUCCUACGUCAGCCUCUGAUGAUUCCAACGGGCUGGAGUGGGAGAAUGAUUUUGUUAGUGCUGAAAUGGAUGAUAAUGGCAAUUCUGAGUAUUCUGGAUUUGUAAAUCCUGUAUUAGAACUGUCUGAUUCUGGCAUAAAGCAAUCAGAUGCAGAUCAACAGAAAUGAUAGGGUAAAAUUAUUUGACCCUGUUUUAUCAGUUAAGACCAAAUGUUAAAAACCAACUAGAAUGUAUAAAUGUUUGUGCUGAGCCUUUUUGUAAGAGGGAGGUAAGAAAUCGUGUUGUGAAUGCUUAUUAGAAAGGAAUAGGAAUGAUAGGCUAUAUCUGAAUUGCUUCAGAAUUAAGUGCAAUUUCAUCAUCUGCCUUCUGCUUUUCAAAAACAAUUUAAUGGUUCUGUCAUGUCAAAUUUAUUUUUCUUUAUAGCAUUCCUAUUUACUAUUUGUACAUUUUCACUUUAAAAAUAGUUCUAUUAAUUUUACCUUGAAUGCUUUCUUAAGCCUAUUUUAGUAGCUAAGUAUGAAAAUAUCACAGCAUUUUGCAUUAAUUCUCAGCAGAUGUGAAGGGAGCAUGAGGAAGAACUGUCAGAUUCAGAUUUAGAAUAGUGGUCCCUUUUCCAGUAUUAUUUAUUUCUAUGACUUAUUUAAAUUGUUUUACCUAAUAGUAAGCACAAUUCAUCUGAGUACAUGACUCUAAAGAAAUGCUGAAGUACUAGUUUCUUUCUACAUGUAUUGCAUAUCCUGUAUAAAAAUGUUGAUUCAAUCUAAACAAAGAAUAUAUAAUACAUCAAAAUAAGCUUUCAGAGUUUGGACACUUGAAGUUGAUAAUCAAAAGUGAUAUGUAAGAAAAUACAAAUACUUAGGUUUUUCACUUCCAUUACAUGCCACUAUAAAUAAAUACUGACUUUAAGUUCAUUGAUAUUAAAUUUCUAGGUGUCAUUUUUUUUUAAUUCUGUAUUUCUAAUGAAUGGUCUUAAAAGGAUUUUACACAGAACAUAUUGUCUGUGCAUGAUUUAUUAAGGGAAGAAAACCUUAAAAGGUAAUACGGGUAUUUCAAAGUAAAUAAUGUCCUUUCUGAUAUGAAAGGAUCCAUUGAUUUUAUUAAGCUUUCCUUUGCCUUGUAAUACAAGGUGCUUUAAUAGGAUGGAAGUAAGUUUAUUGAUAUACAUAACUGCAUUUUGUGAUGUGCCAUUAACUCUUCUUUUCCCUAAAUUUGUGUAUCAAUUUAAAAGGCCAAGGAUAUAAGGCACUCCCUAAUUGCUUGUCUUGAUUUGACUGAGGAUUGAGUAUGAUUUUAGUAAUACAAACUGCUGUUUUGAUUUUUCCUUAGUGUUGUUUCUUCUUCUUCUUUUUCUUGCAACAAUGACAGUGCAUGUUCUCAAAAAUAUAGGAAGGUCCAGAUAUAAAUAGUAACUUAAAGUUCUUGCUGUACUUUAAAAAGAAAAAUCGUGUGGCCCUUUCAAUAUGUGAACUGCUAGGCAAUGAUAUCUGCUGUGUCAUCUCCCUUUUUUAUCUCAUAGGAAUAAUGUGAUACUUUAAAUAUGUAAAUAUAUUAGUAAUGCUAUUAUGUCUGUCUUAACAUAAUUUAAGUUGUAGCUAUGUCAUUGGAAAUAUUUUAAAGGUAAUCUAUAUUCACAUUGCCUGUGUUAAUGCUUUUUAAAGUUUCUAUACAUCAGAUGUAUAUUUUUGGUUUGGCAUAAGCUACUAUUGUAAUUUUUCUUGGCAUUUUGUUCACAAAUAAUUUUUUGAAGGAAUGGUAACUUCUCAAGGAUUGUGAAUAAACACAUUUUUACAUUUAAAAAUAACAAA